AACCGACCGGCCGACAUGGCGCGCACUCAUGCUUUUCCGGCCACUUCUAAACCGACUUCCGGCCGGUCCGGUCUUCACGUCUCUCUGGAAGAAGAAACAGCGUGGGGAGUCAUGGCGGGCACCACGUUGAAGAUCGACGGGACCGAGGUGGCCCUGGGGGGCUCUGGGGACUCUGGGGGGACCGUAGUUAACAUCACCCUCCACCAAGAGUCCGGGAUGGCUUACCUGUGCAAAGGUGCAGCCUCUCUGGUUCGCCACCGAGCAGCCGCCAAGGAUGACACCGGCGCUCUCCCCUCCCGCCGCCCACGUGGGGGGGAGCAGAAAGUCUUCGGGGUAGCCCAGAUUCUGCUUGGCGUUGUCUGCAUUGGCAUUGGCGUGGCACUGAGCAUGGUUGAGCCAAACAGUUACUUACCCUACUACUACAAGCGGGCAAUCUAUAACGGAGUCCCUUUCUGGUCAGGCAGCCUGUUCGUUCUCUCUGGCACCUUUUCCGUGGUGGGCGCACGACAUGGUGGCAACUGGGUUCACCUGGCCACGUUUCUCAACCUGGGCAGUGUCGUGGCAGGCUCGGUGGCCUUCACGGUGGGUUUGACGGAAUUCCCAUCGCCGACUUACGAACCUUACUUCCUCGAGAGCCUCUGCAAGCACAGAGCGGAGGACCGGAGCUACCAGUACUGGGAGGCGACAACCAGCCCUCCGUAUGACAACCAGAGGGAUCAAGGGCGGGCCAGGCAGUGCCAGGAGAUGCUCUGGGCACUCGUGCUCAUGUGGAGCUCCACCCAUAUCCUCCUGUUGAUCCUGCACUCUGCCGCUCUGGCCAUCGCUCUCUUCUGCUUCGGAUAUGGCCUCCGUCACUUGUGCUGCUCCUGCUGGGGGGGCUGGCAGGACUACAUGGCCAUGGAGGAUGCAGAUGCGUCCGAAGAGCCGGGCAAAGAGCAGAACCCCGCCUGAAGGGUACGGACGGAGGCCCCCCCACCCCGCCCCAGCUUUUGGCUCUUCCUGGGGACCGAACGGUGGUCCAGCACUUCCCGAACUCGGAUGCUCCCUUCGUUGCUUCUCACGCCAACCAACUCUCCUCCUUGCACACCCAAUUAAUAAAAGUUGAAUUUCUGGAA